AUGAGAAAGCUGAAGUGUGACUCCUAAUUCUAACCCUUAAAUAAUGAGUAACCUGUAAUAUCAAUAACUGGAUGAACAGCUGUGAACUAGAUGGACUUGCCAGCACUAAUCUUUGUCUCUCCCUCCUCUUUCUCCCUCCACUCGUGCCGCUAUGCCCCGGCUCACCCCGGCUUCCCCUGGCUCCCAGGCGUUAGUUACACGGACAACCAACGCGUCAUUCUACAGAUCACCGACGUCAAUGAUGAACCACCAUAUUUCAUCAAUCGGCCACUACCCAUGCAGGCUGUGGUGAAGCUGAAUGCUGCGCCCAACACCCCUGUGUUCACCCUGCAGGCGCGGGACCCUGACAAGGACCAUGACAUCCACUACUUCCUUGUCCGUGACAGAACUGGUGGACGCUUUGAGGUGGAUGAGAAAUCAGGUGUGGUGCGGACACGAGGCUCGGAGAUGUUCCAGCUGGACAUGGAGUACGUGCUGUAUGUGAAGGCAGAGGACCAGAAUGGCAGGAUUGAUGACAAGCACUUCCAGUCAACCCCUGAGGAGAGACUGUCCAUUGUGGGAGGAAAGAGACCCCCUCAGUUUUACCUUCCUAAGUAUGAGAAAACUAUCCCAGAAAAUACUGCAAAGGAUGCUGACAUUAUCUCUGUGAAGGCGAAAUCUUUUGCUGACCGGGAGAUCCGCUACACACUGAAGGCUAAGGGUCAGGGUGCUGGCACCUUCAACAUUGGCCCCAACUCAGGCAUUGUCAAGCUGGCCAAGGAGCUGGACUUUGAGGACGUGCGUCAGCCUCACAUCUACCAGCUCGUCGUCACAGCAACGGAGGACUCGGGUGGUUUCUCUACUUCUGUCGAUCUGACCAUAAAAGUGACAGACGUGAAUGACAACCCACCCAAGUUUGAUCUGCCAGACUACCAGGCCCACAACAUUGAUGAGGACAUUCCUAUUGGCUCCUCAAUACUCAGGGUGAAAGCUCGGGAUGAUGACUCAGGGACCAACGCAGAGAUCACUUACUCUGUAUCAGAUGACCACUAUCGUGUUGACAACAAAGGAAUCAUUUACAAUCGCAAAACUCUUGAUGCUGAUGACAACAAUGCUUAUUAUGAGUUCACAGUCACAGCCACUGACAGAGGUGAGCCAGCCAAGGAGGGAACAGCCACCAUUCGCAUCUACACCAAGAACAAGAAUGAUGAAGAACCCAAUUUCUCUCAGCAAGUGUACACUCCAAACGUUGAUGAGAACGCUGGGCCCAACACACUGGUGACUACUGUGGUGGCAUCAGACAAGGAUGGUGACAAUGUAGAGUUUGGCUUUGUUGGUGGCGCUCGGAAAUCAGGCCAGUUUGUGAUUGAGAAAAUGACCGGUGUGAUCCGAUUACACAAUGGAGCGAUAUCCCUUGACCGAGACAAGUAUGAGCUUAACGUCACGGCAGUUGAUGAUGGCAAUUGCUGCCCAGGCGGCCAGAACUCCCGUCACACCUCCACUGCUGUUGUCGUCGUCUUCAUCACUGACGUCAAUGAUAACAAACCAAUGUUCAAGGACUGUCCAACUUACCAUGCCAAAGUGGAGGAGUCUGCCCCCAAUGGCUCUCCUGUCAUCACUGUCCAUGCCACAGAUGAGGACAAGGGUGUCAAUGGUCAGGUUCGCUACAGCAUUGUGCAGCAGCCCAACCAGAAAGGCACCAAAUUCACUGUGGAUCCUGAGACUGGAGCUGUGACAACCAACAAGGUGUUUGAUCGUGAGGGUGAAGACGGAAAGUUUGUCUCGGUGACAGUGAAAGCAACAGACAAUGGAGACCCAUCGCUGGAGGGUGUUUGUUCCUUCACGGUGGAGAUAACAGACAUCAACGACAAUCCUCCACUGUUUGAUCGACAAAAAUAUAUUGAAAACGUAAAGCAAGAUACAAACGUGGGUACAAAUAUUCUUCGAGUGUCAGCCUCAGAUGAAGAUGCAGAUAAUAACGGAGCCAUUGUGUACAACCUGACGGCAGCCUCCAACCCUGGCGACCUUGAGUACUUUGAGGUGCAGCCAGAAUCUGGAUGGAUCAUACUGAAGAAACCACUCGACUCAUGUCCACCUGUUAUAAGAAAGUGUGUGCCACGAGAAUCGUACCGGCUGACGGCCGUAGCUCAGGACCAAGGGUUCCCUCCACUGUCUCGCACGGUGGACGUUCAGAUUGAUGUAGUGGAUCGCGCCAACAACCCUCCUGUAUGGACCCAGUCCAUCUAUGGCCCCAUUUACAUCAAAGAAAACUUGCCAGUAGGGGCAGGAGUUAUCUCAGUGAAGGCCAGCUCCGGCAUAAAAGAUAACCCCGUGGUGUUCUAUCGCAUCAUCCGAGGGUCCACAGCUCAGACCAACAAGCACGACACCUUUUACUUACAACAACGGCCAGACAAUGGAGACACUUGGGCUGAUAUCAAAGUGAACCAUCCACUGGACUACGAGAGCAUAAAGGAGUACAACUUGACUGUCCGUGUGGAAAACAACGGGCCACAGCAGCUGGCCUCUGAGGCAACCAUUUAUGUGGUGCUGGAGGAUGUUAAUGAUGAGAUUCCACUGUUCACUGAGCGAGAGCAAGAGACUGUGCUUGAGGGAGAACCCAUUGGGACCAAAGUAACACAGGUCAAUGCUAUUGACAAGGAUGGGACUUAUCCCAACAAUGAGGUGCUGUACAGGAUAGUCGACAGCCCACGGAAUGAAGGCAGGGACUUCUAUGAAAUCAGAGAACGCACGGGAGAAAUUUUUACCCGAGUGGAGUUCGAUCGUGAGGAGAAACAGGCGUACGCACUGGAGGUGGAGGCGCGCGAUGGAGCAGCCUCCGCUCGACCCAACGCCAACGGCAGACCCAACACAGUGACCAAGUUCAUCCGUAUCGGCAUUGCGGACAAGAAUGACAACCCUCCGUUCUUUGACAAGACACUGUACGAGGCUGAGGUGGAUGAGAAUGAGGACAUCCAGCACACUGUUCUCACUGUCACUGCCAAGGAUCUUGAUGAAUCCUCACGCAUUCGAUAUGAGAUCACAAAUGGCAACAUUGGUGGAGCUUUUGCGGUAAAGAACAUGACUGGAGCGAUUUAUGUCGCUGGCUCACUGGAUUAUGAAACAAGGAAACGGUAUGAACUUAAACUUGUGGCAUCAGACAACCGCAACGAGAACCACACCACUGUUGUCAUUCAUGUCAAAGAUGUGAAUGACAACCCACCCUUGUUUGACCGGCCACUCUAUGAGACGCAGAUCACAGAGGAAGAUGAUCGCAGCCUGCCUAAAAAUAUUCUUCAGGUUGUGGCCACUGAUGGCGACCGCGACCGUGAGCAGGACAUCGUGUACUUCCUCACAGGUCAAGGCAUCUAUGUGGAGAACCCCGACCAGUCACAGUUUGAAGUGAAUCGCACUUCAGGAGAGAUCUUUGUCAGAAAGCCUCUGGAUCGGGACCACCCCAAGGGUCGACCACAGUGGAGGUUCACUGUGUUUGCACAAGAUGAGGGAGGCAGCGGUCUGGUGGGCUACGCUGACGUCCAGGUCAACUUGAAGGACAUCAAUGACAACGCCCCAACCUUCCCUCAGAUGGUCUACUUUGGCAACGUGACAGAGAAUGGGACACAAGGCAUGGUGGUGAUGACAAUGACAGCUGAAGAUUAUGAUGAUGCCAAUGAGGGAAGCAAUGCAAAACUCACUUACUCCAUUGAGAAGAAUGUGAUUGAUGAGAACACUGCCACACCCAUCUUUGAGAUUGAGCCUGACACUGGUGUGAUCAAGACAGCGGUGUGUUGCCUCGACAGAGAGAAGACUCCUGACUACUCCAUUCAGGUGGUGGCUGUAGAUGGAGGAGGACUCAAAGGGACUGGCACAGCAAGUAUCAGAGUGCGUGACAUAAACGAUAUGCCACCAAGGUUCACCAAAGAGGAGUGGCAGACAGAGGUUGCUGAGACUGAAGGAGCCAUUCUACCUGACCAGGCUAUUCUUACAGUCACAGUUCAUGAUGAGGAUGAAACAAAUAAAUUCCAUUACAAGGUUAUUGAAUCUUCUGGCUAUGGUGCAGACAAGUUCACGAUGGUGAGGAACAAUGAUGGCACAGGCUCUCUCAAGAUUGUUCAGCCCCUGGACUACGAGGACCCAAUGCAGCGAGGUGGAUUCAGGUUCAAGAUUCAAGUGAAUGAUAAGGGAGAAGAUAAUGAUGCAGAGAAGUACCAUGUUGCUUACUCAUGGGUCAAAGUGGAGCUGCGAGACAUCAACGACAACAAGCCCCAGUUUGUCAAGCCCAACAUUGAAGUGCCUGUGUUUGAGAAUGCUGAGAUUGGGAAGAGUCUGGAGACUUUCAAGGCCACAGACCCAGACCAGGGCGGGCAAAGCAAAGUGCAGUAUGCCAUUGACCGUACGUCUGACCGGAGGAGGCAGUUUGCCAUCGACGCCGCAGGAACAGUGAAGAUCCAGCGAAGCUUAGACAGGGAGGAAAAUCCCCGCCACUCAGUAAAGAUCUUGGCCAUUGAUGAUGGCACACCAGCAAAGACUGCCACAGCAACACUCACUGUCAUUGUCCAAGACAUCAAUGACAACUCACCAAGGUUCCUGAAGGAUUACCGCCCAGUCCUGCCGGAGAACACAUCUCCCAGAAAAAUUGUUGAAGUCUUGGCCACUGAUGAUGAUGAUCGCUCAAAGGGCAAUGGACCUCCCUUCCACUUCAGAAUGGACUCAACUGCUUCAGAUGAAAUCCGAGCCUCCUUCAAGGUGGAGCACAUCCCAAAGGGGGCCAAUGGAGAUGGCAUGGCAGUCAUCUCCUCUUUACGCACCUUUGAUAGGGAAGUUCAAAAAGAAUACCAUGUACCCAUUGUGAUCAAGGAUGCUGGCACACCACAGAUGACAGGCACGUCAACCCUCACCAUCAUCAUUGGAGAUGAAAACGACAACAAAAUGCAGCCCGGCUCAAAGGAAAUAUUUGUUUAUAACUAUAAAGGUCAAGCACCAGAAACACCCAUUGGGCGAGUCUAUGUGUAUGACUUGGAUGACUGGGAUCUGCCUGACAAGAAGUUCAACUGGGCCAUUGAGGCGCAUCCAAACUUCAAACUGAACGAAGAUGACGGCAUGAUCACCAUGAAGCGCGGCACUGGUGACGGCAAAUUCUUCCUGCAGUUCCACGUGUAUGACCGCAAACACACCCAGACUGAUGUGGAGGCCAACGUGACUGUGACAGUAAAGGAGAUCCCGGAGAUUGCAGUCAUUAAUUCAGGCUCCAUUCGAAUUGCCAACAUGACAGAUGAAGAUUUCAUCAGAAUAUGGAACUAUAAAUCCCAGCGAGUGGUGCGCAGCAAGGCGGACAUAUUCCGGGAAAAGAUUGCACGGCUGAUGGGGACAAAGGUGGAGAAUGUGGAUGUGUUUAGCAUACAGCUCAAACAACUCCGGCCUCCAGUCACAGACAUACGUUUCUCAGCACACGGUUCACCUUACUAUCAGCCUAUCAAGCUGGAUGGAUUGGUCCUCCAGCACCGAGCUGACAUAGAGGCUGAGGUGGGCAUCAACAUUACUAUGGUGGGCAUUGAUGAGUGCCUGUAUGAGAAUGUUGCAUGUGAAGGGUCUUGCACCAACCACUUAGUCAUCUCCAAUCUGCCCUACAUGGUCAAUGCCAAUAAAACUGCUUUGGUUGGUGUGCGAACUGAAGUUGUGCCAGAGUGUACUUGUGGUGCCAGGAACUUCACCCAAGAGGAAUCCUGCCGGCCAAACCCGUGCUACAAUGGCGGGCGCUGCAUUGAGGGCAAGUCUGGGGUGCACUGCAGGUGUCCAGAUGGGUAUGAUGGACCUCGCUGCCAGAUGGUGACUCGCACCUUCAGAGGAAAUGGGUUUGCCUGGUUCCCUCCCUUUAAGAUGUGUGACAGCUCCCACAUCAGUCUUGAGUUCCUCACCAGGCGUCCUGAAGGUCUCCUUUUCUACAAUGGUCCCAUAACUCCCCCAGAGCCAGAUGAGGUAAUUGUAUCAGACUUCGUUGCCUUGGAGCUUGAAAAUGGUCGACCCAGACUCCUCAUAGACUUUGGGUCCGGAACUCUUCAGCUACGAGUAAACACAAAAGUCAGCCUGAAUGAUGGCAAGUGGCACCGCAUCGACAUCUUCUGGGACACUGAGAUGGUGAGAAUUGAUGUGGAUCACUGUGUAGCAGCAGAAGUUCAGGAGCCUGAAGAUGGCAGUGAUCCUAUCUUUGAGGCAUCAGGCUGUCAGGCCUCUGGAUCCAUUCCUCCCUUCAAUGAGUACCUUAAUGUCAAUGCUCCCCUGCAAGUGGGAGGCCGUGCUCAUGAACCACCAGACCCAAGCCUGUACAAGUGGUCGCACGUUCCUCAUGGCAAAUUCUUCAGUGGUUGCAUCAGAAACCUCAUGGUGAACAGCGAGCUGUAUGACCUGGCUCGGCCUGGCCAGCACCGCAACACCCAGAUGGGCUGUCCCCAGCUAGAGGAAGCCUGCCGCAGCAAUUCUAUAGUACCCACUUGUGGACCCAAUGGAGUUUGCUCAGGUUCUCUCUCCCAACCAGUGUGCAAAUGUAAACCUGGCUGGACAGGACCCACGUGUGAUGAACCCACAAACUCCUCCUACUUUGAGACGCAGUCCUAUGUGAAAUAUGCUCUUUCUUUCAAACCUAAUGCAUUCAGUACUGAAAUUCAGCUGAGGUUCCGCACCUGGCAGGAGUAUGGGGAGCUGUUCAGAAUAUCUGAUCAGCACAACAGGGAAUAUGGCAUCCUUGAGAUCAAGGACGGAAGGUUACGUUUCCGAUACAACCUCAAUAGUCUAAGAACAGAAGAACAUGACUUGUGGCUGUCAGCAGUAGCUGUGAAUGACGGCAUCUGGCACUCAGUCCUGGUUGAGCGCCAUGGAUCCACCUCCACUCUGAUGCUGGACGGAGGCGAGGGGCGUCGCUACAAUGAGACCAUGGCUUUCUCUGGCCACAUGUUGAUGGACGUUGACAAACAAGAAGGGGUGUAUGCUGGAGGCAAGGCAGAGUACACAGGCAUCCGAACAUUUGAGGUGUACAAUGAUUACAAACUGGGUUGUCUUGAUGACAUCCGCCUGGAGGGUAAGCACCUGCCGCUGCCUCCUGGUCUUAAUGGCACCCAGUGGGGCCAGGCUACCAUGUUCCGCAAUCUUGUCAAGAAUUGCAUCUCCCAGAACCAGUGUGUCAAUGUCACCUGCUUGGCUCCCUUCACCUGCAAGGACCUGUGGAUGAAACAUGAGUGUGGAUGUGAGGAUGGUACAAUCCUCUCUAGUGAUGAGGCGGCCUGUGUGGAUUUGGACGAGUGUUUGAAUGACCCAUGUCAGAAUGGAGGGACUUGCCAUAACCAGGAACCAUCUUAUAUAUGUGAUUGUCCUCGAGGCUAUUAUGGCAAAAACUGUGAGCUCCUUCAAGAGGGCAGGACAGUGCGCCUUAGUUUGGGUGCUUUGGCUGCAAUUCUGGUCUGCCUCUUGAUAAUCUUGGUGCUGGUGUUGGUGUUUGUGGUGUACAACCGGCAAAAGGAGCGCCACUUCCCCAAGGCUGACCCAUAUGAUGAUGUGCGUGAGAACAUCAUCAACUACGAUGAUGAAGGAGGUGGAGAGGACGACAUGACUGCCUUCGACAUCACCCCGCUGCAGAUCCCUGUUGGGCCAGCCAUUGGGAACGGUGGACCACUACUUGGAAAGAUGCCAUAUGGCCCUGGUGGGCAGCCAGAUGUUGGAGUUUUCAUCAGUGAGCACAAGAACAAGGCUGACAAUGAUCCCAAUGCUCCACCAUUUGACGACCUGCGGAACUAUGCCUAUGAGGGCGGUGGCUCCACUGCUGGAUCACUCUCCUCUCUGGCUUCAGGUACUGAUGACAACGAACAAGAUUUUGAUUACUUGAAUAACUGGGGUCCACGCUUCAGCAAGCUGGCUGACAUGUACGGCCACGGGGAGUCUGAGGAGGAGGAGGACCACUAAGCCUGCUGCUGGAGCCUUGCUGUGAAGUUCACCUUGUUACUCGAGAGAUUCUGUGUGCCAGCAGAGAGCAAUGUUUUUAUUUUUAAAGCUAGGAGGACUCUGGUCGGGGGGAGGGAACCGUCCCUCUGUCUUAAGGUAAUAUGGGGGUCAAUGUGGAGAGAUGUUCUGCCUCAAAAAGUAAUUUAGCAUGUUGCCUUAAAUGGAGAUAUUAAUGUCAGCAGUAUCAGAUUAGAUAUUAGAUCUUGAAUCACAUCAGUACGAAAAUUAAUUGCUCUAAAAUAUUACUGGUGCUAUAUCCUUCUCUUUGGAUCAUGGUGGUGUGAUAAAAGAAUUAAUAUUCUCUGGUGUCAUGUGAUAAAGGUGGAAUAUAGGUCAUUUAGGUAAUAACUACCAGUGUUUAUGAAAUGGCAUUUUGAAAGUGUCAUUGCAUUGCCUGCUGUCCAGUCCAUGUAUGUAUUAGACAAAGCAGAAGCUCCACUUGGCCAGCUCAGGCAACCACAGUCCAGAGUGUCUUGAGUUGAAGAUGAUCACCAAGCCUUCCCAGCAAUGACUGGAGGUCCUCCUGCCCGUGUGUGGCCAACACAUGCUUACACACCCACACACACUUCGGCACACCACUCUUACAGUGCCAAGACACUGAACCAGGAGGUGAAGAAAAUGUCAGUGUUCAGUGUGAAAUAUUGCUCCUGCAAGUGGUGAGGCCAGUGAUGUCUGGACACCAAGAGCUUGAGAGACAGUGUAGGUCAAGGCCAUGCUGCUGAAGGGUGUAGGGGGAGACCCAACAUUCCAUAAAAGACACCUGUGUGAUAGUCUAGCAUGAAAGUGAAAGGAAGACAUAGACAGAGUAUUUACAAGUUAUGUUAUGACCCAUGACCAUUUGUGACUAUUUGUUAUUACCCGUGUUAUGUGCCAAGUAUGCCAGGCAAAUCUUUUUGAUUUGUGAAUUACUGACGUCAAAGUACUUUUUAUGUGCUAUACUCAUGAUUUUGUUUGUCCUCAUUCACUACAACUGUGAAGCAUAUCAAGAAAUACAAAGGUUUAGUGUAAUGCACCACAGACUCUGAGGACAAUGUUUAUUUGUUCUCACCCACUGAGUUACACAAUACUUCUAAGUGUGAAUAUGAGGAUGGGGUUGGUUCCCAUCCCUGUAUACUACUCUCACCCUUAGUUGCAUCAGGCCAGUACUGCCACCCUGCGGACCUUAAUGCCCGCUGACUCACAAAGGAAUCUCAGGCAGUACUGAGUUAACCUGUAUGAAGAAAAUGUUGAAUGUAUGUAAAGUUUUUGUACAUGUGUAGAUACUUAAGGAGAUAGAUGUCUCAAAGAAUGAAAUAGUUCUUUUUCAAUAUUUGCUCAUCUCUAUGAAAGCUAGACAGCAAGAUCAGCUAGACAUGUUUGACAGCUUCAUUAUUGUAGCUCUUCACUGAUUAGCGAGUUUGUUACUGAACUGUAGUCUUCUUGGUGUCUUGCUGUACAAGUUUUGAAAGAAAUAAUGGAUGAUUUUCAUGCACUGUAGGUUGUGGGGCAGCCCCUUGGGAGGAGACCAGAAUACUUCUUGCUGAAUAAAGAAAGAGUUACUUUUGAAGACUGUGUUAAUUAGAAGUUUUUAACACAGAGGAAGCAAUAAAAGCUUGCUUAUUUAUUUAGUUUUGCCUUGAGUCAUUUAGUCUGAUCUUGGACUUGUAAAUAGGUCUUUACCACGGAGUUAGGCAUCAACUUCCCAGCUACUUUGUGUUUGGCAGUAGACCCCUCAUGGCCCCUCUGCCUUCUCCCCCACCCGCUGCCCCACACCCCUACAGCCCCAGUCAGUCAUCUUCCCCUUGUUCCCAAAGCCCAUUCCAGCCCCGGCAAGUCCUGGGCCCCACAGAUCCACCCCGCCCUCCCCAUCCUCUCCAUGGGUUGCGCCUGUGGUGGUCUCCCGUUAAGGAAGUUUUCCAGUCCAGUUUAUUUCUUAGUCUUAUUGAUAGCUAUGAAAAUGUCUCAAUCUUUAAAAAAAUAAGAUCAGUCAAGUAAAAAAGAAAAAAAAAAGUGGCACUGUUUGAGGAGACUUGAAAUAUCCAUCAACCACAGAACCUUGUCAGCACUGCCAGACAUGAUGGGAGCAGGCUGGGUUGUUUAGUCAUUGGCUUCUUGUGUUAUUGAUAUUAUCAUUAUUAUUAUUAUUAUUAUUAUUAUUAUUAUUAUUAUUAUUAUUAUUAUUAUUAUUGUCAUCAUCAUUAUUAUUAUUAUUAUUAUUAUGUAUUUAUUUUUUAUUUUCCUUCAUUAUAAUCAUCAUCCUAGACUUAGAGCUAUAUGCACAAGUUGAUCAUAAAGAGGGUGAUGCUGGGCCUGGAGAAACUACAGGUUGGGGUGUCUUGAGUUCUUCAUUUUUAUACUAAUUUAUCACCACAUAUACCAAUAAAUGAAUUUUUCACAUGAUUCAUAACAAUACUACUUAGGGUGUGAUGGGAAGCAGGGGUGGAGGAGGAGUUCCUUGCCUCCCCCACCCCUGCUGACCCCUGAACCUCCCACCCACCCACCCACCCUGUACCUCACUGUCUCACCCCCUGAAGUUUUACCAAGUCCAGCUGACAGGUUUUUAUAGCAUUCCAUAUACCAAAAAAAUUAUGUAUGAAUGCCAUUGUUCAUUUUCACAUUUUGUAUAAAAGAAUUUCCAUCUCACUAGAAACAGAAGGACAUUAAAACCAGAUUUCUCUGAUAUAGUUGGAAUAUGAAUUUUAAUCUUUCCUUUUGAAGGUCUCAGACUAGUAAGCAAAAUGUUUUAAGUUGAGUCAUUUAUACACUGCAUUUCUGCAGUAAUUGUGUGGGCAUCAAACUCUGUAUUGGAUAAGAGUUACAUGCAAAUUUCCUUUUAAUUUAUUUGCUUUCUUUCUUGUAACUUCUAGUAAAAUUCAUACAGAGAAAUUUGGGUUAUCCCCAGGCCAAAGUCUUGUGUAUCUUAAAUAUUUGUACAUUAUAUAUAAAUUCUCAUUGUGUACUAGCUUAUAACAUUGUCACAAACCCCCCCAAGAGCUUCUGACUGUUGUACCACAGAUGUAUAUAUAUAUAAUAUACUUACCUCAUGCCCAGAUAACUUUGGCCCAGGGAGAACAGGAAUGGUCAGAGUAGAGAAUUAUUUCCUAAACAGUAAGAGAUAAGUUUUGUACCCUAAUUAAAUGCCGAGUAUUCAUGAGCAGAGUUGUCGUCUCUGAUUGGAGAAGAACAGCGGAGAGAAAAAGCCAUAGCAACUAAGCUUUUGUUUGAUGUUUUUAAGCUGUGAUUUUACUGUGUCUGCAUUGUCAUCUGAAAUAGACUAAAGCCUUUGUGUA